CUAGUGAAGUGAAGCGCCACCGGAUGAGUUUCGAGCACGCACUUCGGUGUCAUGGCGUCCUCCUGCUCGCAAGCUGUCAGGCAGCAUGUGUGUAAGAGCAGCACAAUACUGCGCGUUCACCUGCAGAAGGCAUGGCCUAAGAGGAGUUUUGUUCUGAAUUCUGCUGCAGAUCAACAGCCUGCCGUUUCUUCUCCAGAAGAAAUAGUAAUUCCAAAGAAGAAAACAUGGAGUAAAGAGGCUGUCUUACAGGCACUGGCAUCCACUGUGAACAGGGAUCCUACAGCCUCAGAUCACAGAUUACAGGAUGAUCCAUAUCUCACUCCAAAAACAUCAUCAGAGUUUGUGCGUUUUGGCUAUCGAACCGUUUCAGGUUUUCAGGUUACACUAUUAGAGAGGUUCACGAUCGGCGCUUGUUAUGGUAGCUUGCCAUUUUUAAGACCAGUAAAGACUUUUCUACAAACAUAUGAUUUCUCACUAGAGAAUAAUAAUGCAGAGAGGAUCUUUGCGCUGCUGUCAGAGCCAAACACACAUUCGUACAGUGCUCUGAUACGAGGCAUGGUGAAGCAUGGUGCUUAUUCUAAAGCGUUCAGCACCUACACCGACCUGCUCAACAACCCACUGAAAGCCGAUGUAAACACCUUCAAUGCCCUGAUCACAGCCGCCCCGGAAGUAAAAGAGAAAUACAAUGAGAAAUGGGAGCUGAUACUGGAUCUUUUGAAGGAGAUGGCAGAGCAGAAGGUCAAGCCGAACCUCCUGACGCUGAACGCUGUCCUCAAGGCUUUGAGACGCUGUGGCACUCUGGGAAAAUCUCAGGCCUUUCCUGUGAUCAGUGAGAUGAAGGCUCUCUCCAUCGAUCCCAGUCUGGCCUCUUACAAUCACUUGCUCGGGAUAUUUUAUAAACCAGGUGCCCCAUUUCUGGGCCAAACGGACAUUCUGCAGGAAGUGAUGAACGAGGUGUCAGGGAAGAGCUUCACUCCACAGGACCCUGAUGAUGCACAGUUCUUCAUUACUGCUGUGAGAAUAUGUCUUGACACUAAGGACAUUGAGCAGGCGUACAGGGUUCAUGAGCUGCUGGGGGUUGGAGAGAACUGGAGACUUCUGGGAAAUGAUCUCCAACAGAACAUUUACUAUGCGCGGUUCUUCAGUCUGCUCUGUAUGAUGGAGAACAUUGAUGUGGUGCUGAAGUGGUACAGAGAUCUUGUUCCUUCAGUGUACUACCCCAGCUCUAACAUCAUGAGAGAUCUGCUCCAAGCGCUUGAUACCGACAACAGAUUAGACCUCAUCCCACAAAUAUGGAAAGAUAUCAAACAGUUGGGCCAUGCCAACAGGCAGAAGCUGGUGGAAGAUCUGCUGACACUUAUGGCAAGAGAGAAGCAAAAUCAGGAGGUGCAGGAGUCGUUUGCUGAGUGUGCGCUGGACAUCAAGAAAAUGUAUGACACAGGUGACCGGGGCAAGGUUAUAAUGAGCUGGACGGCCACUUCUCUCAGCGACCUCAUCUCUGUUUUACUAGCAGCUCAGAGGAGGCAGGACGCCUGGGAAGUACUGAAACUCUUCAAAACACACAACAGAGUUCCAAGUGAGGAGCUGCUGAACAAGUUCUUGACGUGUAUAACGGAGAGUGGUGAAGUGAAUCAUGCGGUGGAGCUGGUGCAGAUCUCAGCUGGCUUCUGUUUGCCCGAGACCCCAAAACUCAUCCAGAGGGUCCAGCAGGAGUUUCAGCUCUCAGAGCAGCAGAAGAACAUCUUGUCUGAUCUGGAGAUUCAGACCUUUAACAGCGAUUAAAUCUCGACGUUCUGCAGCUUGGAUGGAUCAUAGCAGCUAAAAAUCUGGAGAAAUGUCAAUGUGGUCGUUUUCAAUGUCAUUAAUAAUUGUGUACUUAAACAUGCUUGUCACAUGCACAGAUUUCAGACUUCAUUCAGAUGGAAA